AACGACACAAUAACAACCAAUACAAUAGAUUAACAACUAUAUGACUUUUUCCUCGAAUCCUAUACAUAGUAAAAGCUUAAUACACCGAGUUUCUUUUUUUUUUUGUCUAUAUAAACAACCUCAUAGCUCACAAUUUAAGAAAUUUCAGAAAAUCUAAAUUUAUCUUCUCUACAAUUUCCUAAAAACUUGCAAUACUUUUCUUCUCUCUCUACAUUUUGCUUACUUGUAAGAAAAAAUGGGUGUUCAGGAAAUGGAUCCUCUUACACAGCUAAGCUUGCCACCCGGGUUUCGGUUUUACCCGACUGAUGAAGAGCUUUUAGUUCAAUAUUUAUGCCGUAAAGUUGCUGGUCAUGAUUUUUCUCUACAAAUUAUUGCAGAAAUUGAUCUGUACAAAUUCGAUCCAUGGGUUCUUCCAAGUAAGGCGAUUUUUGGAGAAAAAGAAUGGUAUUUCUUCAGUCCAAGAGAUCGGAAGUAUCCAAAUGGAUCUAGACCGAACAGAGUAGCUGGUUCUGGUUAUUGGAAAGCAACUGGAACUGAUAAAAUAAUUACUACGGAAGGUAGAAAAGUUGGAAUCAAAAAGGCUUUAGUGUUUUAUACUGGUAAAGCACCUAAAGGAACUAAAACGAAUUGGAUUAUGCAUGAAUACAGACUCAGUGAACCUACAAAGAAAAGUCGAAGUUCAAGGCUCGACGAUUGGGUUCUAUGUAGGAUUUACAAGAAGGGUGGGCAAAAACCGAGUUGUUCUGAUUUACAGAGCAAGGAUAUAAACCAUGGUUCAUCAUCGUCAUCCUCAUCUCAAUUUGACGAUAUGCUGGAAUCUCUACCAGCAAUUGAAGAUCGAUAUUUCUCAUUACCUAGAGUGAAUUCCAUUAGGAAUUUUCAACAAGACGAAAAGCUCAAUCUUCAACAAUUGGGUUCUGGGAACUUUGAUUGGGCCACUAUAGCGGGAUUGAACUCAUUUCCGGAAUUAGCUUCCGGAAAUCAAGUUCCAGCACCGGGGAAUCAAACUCCGGUGCUUAUGAACACAAAUCAGUAUCACAAUCACAACAACAACUUGAAUAAUUUUAACGAAUUUUUCGCCAAUUCAACGGCGUUAAAUUUUCACGGUGAAGUUAAGUUUGAAGGAGGAAUUGAUCAAGAAGUAGAAAGCAGUGUUAGAGCUCAACGACUUAACAGCGUUAACCCGGGUUUCUUCCAAGAGAACUCAACCGGGUUUCCGAGUUCUCAUACGAAUUUGGUUCCCGACCCGUUUGGGAUUCGGUACCCGACCCAAACAGUAAAUAUGGGUUUUACUGGGUAAAUAGUGGAAGGGUAAAAUGUGAAUGCUCAUAGAUUAACUUGAAGACAAUUUGGAAAAAAUUGUCAUGAUUAUUGAGGUGGAAAGGGCAUUUAUUCUUUGGUUGGGGACUAAAAUAGCAAAAGAAAAAAAAAAGUUAACAAGAUUUUGUUCAUGCAAUUAUGCACAUAUACAAUGUAUUUUGUUGUACUAAAAUUUAAGGCUUUGGUAAUGUAAUUAUAGGAAUUCAAAUUGGAGGAUUUGAUUAGCUAAUUUUA